AUGGAGGAGGCACCAGCGGAGGAGCGGAAGAGGCCGCGUGAGGGCGACGGGGUUACUUCCGCCGCGGCGGCGGCCGGGGACCCUCAGUACACGUACCUGUCUAUCGCCGACGCCCUCAAGGUUCCCGGCGUCCGGGUCUGCAUCUUCGCCGUCGUCUCCGAGAUCGGCACAGCCGUCCGCAGCCGUGGCACGGAUUUCACUCUUACGUUGAGGAUUGUGGAUCAAUCACGCAUGGCUGGAAUGUCUGCAACAUUUUUUGCUGACGACACUGCCCUAUUGCCCUGUGUUAAGUCAAGUGGAGAUGUGAUCAGUCUCCAUAACGUCGUGAUAACAAUGCAUGGGGAGUUCUUUGUUACAUUUAACAAAAAGUUUUCUUCAUUCGCGCUAUUUGAAAGCAAAGUAUUUGCUGAGUGCAGCCCAUACCAGUCUUCUAUGAAAUAUCGUGGCAGCAUAGAUGACAAAGAACUUUUAACCCAGCAGAGAACGUGGCUUGCAUAUAAUCCUCUAGGUCUCAAAGAUCUCGAAUUGCAGUUAAGGAGUUUAAAGUCUGAUUCUACUUUUGAUCUAGUAUGCAAGGUUGUUCAUGUCCAUGAAGAUAGCGGCAAAUGGAUUUUUUAUGUUUGGGAUGGAACUGAUACCCCUGCAGCUGAGUUUCAGGCAAUUUUGGAUGCUGAGGCAGUUCAGUCACCCCCUCUACUUGAAGGACCACCUCUACCCAGGGAGGUUUUGUGCACAAUGCCAUGUGUCGGAACUGUUCUGAGGAUUUAUUCAAACAGGUUUAUCAAGGAAGUAUUACACAUGCAAAAGGGUAUUUAUUGGGCCAGGUUCUGCAAUAUUACUUGCAAGCAAGAGUUUGGCAUUUGGAAAGGCAUUUUGCUGGCCACUAGUAGAGUUCGCCUUUUAUCUCAUGAAGAUGGUAGUGUCGUUGAUCGUCUGAAGAUGUAUGACAGCCGCAACGCCAACAAAGUUCACCGCCGGCCGAUGACAGGCAUCCCUUCUAAUGUUACUGAUCAUGAAUUUAGCUUCUGA